AUGGUUAAAAAUAUUGGUGCCUUACUUCUUGGAGUUCUUGGAGGAAUUGUAGCUAUUAUCACUGUCAUUCCAGGACUUAUUUUCUUAUGGAAAACAUAUUGUAUCGUUACUGGGGCUGCUGGAGGAAUUGGAAAAGCUUUUGCUGAAAAGUUUGCUAAAGAAGGAUUUAAUUUAAUUAUUAUGGAUAGACUUGCUGAACCACUUGUUGAAUUAAAGAAAACACUUGAAGAAAAAUAUAAUGUAAAUGUUGUUGAUUAUGUUGCUGAUUUUAUUGCUAUGGAUAAAAAUAAUGAAUGGAAUAAAGUCGAAGAAUUAAUUGCUAAUUAUGAUAUUGGAGUAUUAGUCAACAAUGUUGGAAUGUGUAAUUAUCUUCCAGGUAAAUUCGGACAACUUGAAUUAAAAGAUAUUAACAAUAUGAUUUCUUUGAAUAUAAGAACUUUGUUAAUGAUGACUCAUAUUUGUAUUCCAAAGAUGGAAGGAAGAAAAGAAAAAGGUUUAAUUGUAAACAUGUCAUCAUCUACAUCUGGAUACCCACACCCAUUAAUUCAAGUUUAUUCAUCUACUAAAGCCUUUGUUAGACAAUUUACUGACUCCAUUUAUGCUGAAUAUAAAGGUAAGAUUGAUGUUAUUGCUUACACUCCAUGGUAUAUCAAGACUGAUAUGACUAAAAUCAGAGAAAAUGCAAUUUAUGCAUUAACACCAUCUGACUUUGUUGAUUAUGCUUUUAGAUAUUUCGGUCAACAAAAUCAUAUUAAUCCAUAUUGGUUCCAUUAUUUAAUGGACAUUGGAACUUCUACUAUUCCAGAAGCUAUUUUCUCAAAGAGUGUUAUCAAACAACAAACAUUUGUUAGAAAGAGAUUACAAAUGAAACUUGAACAACAAAUGGCUGAAACUGCUUCUAAGAAAACUGAGUAA